CUAUUAAACAACUCCUCCUCCACGUGCUUCUGCAUUUGGCCGCGAUUUCGAUAGUACACAUUUAAAAAUCAUCUUCUCUCUCUUCUCUCUCUUACACACUCUCUUUCUCAGUCCUCCUUCAAAGGAUAGAAGUUUUGGAUUUACAUCACAACAGCAAGAUUAUUUUUAAAAAAAAAAAAAAAAGAAAGAAAAGAAAAAGCUCCACAGAUCUACAGACAUGCAACCCUAGGUUUUCUCUAUUCCUUUCAUUCAUCUUACAAGCACCGCAGAGAUAGAGACAGAGACAGUGAGAAGAAGAGAUGGGAGAUAAAGGAGAAGAUAUUGGAGAAGGCAUGCAAUGCAGCGAACACCCCUACAGGAAGAAUCCAGGCGGCAUCUGUGCUUUCUGCCUACAAGAGAAGCUAGGAAAGCUCGUCUCCUCUUCCAAAUCCAACUCCUUUUAUCCCAUCGCCGCUCCUUCUUCCUCCUCAUCCUCUCCCUCCUUCCGCUCCGAUGGCGCCGUUCCCCCCUCCAACCAAAUCCCCUUCUUUGCCCACAAGAAAAAGAAGGUAAUGUCAUCCACCGACGCCAACCUCAUACUCAAGCGUAGCAGAUCCGUCGCCGUCCCUCGCCAUCUCUCCUCAUCCGACGCCAGCGAUGACAGCCCCCGCAAGAAGAGCUUCUGGUCCUUUCUCCACCUCUCCAGGCGUAGGGCCUUACGAGAUGGGCAGCCGCCGCCGCCGCAGCCGCAGCAGCAGGCCCCCUGCGCCGGAGUAGGACGGAAAGACAGCAACAACAAGGCUAGCUCAGGCGGAGAUGAGAACGAGAGCCCGAACAGUAGCCAUGCGUCGUCGGCAGCAUCGUCCUCCUUCGGGAGGAAGGUAGCGAGAUCGAGAUCGGUGGGGUGUGGUAGCAGGAGCUUCUCAGGGGAUUUACUGGAGAGGAUAUCGACUGGUUUGGGAGACUGCGCGCUGAGGCGAGUGGAAUCGCAGAGGGAGGCGAAGCCGAAGAUGGUCCUGCAUCGGGUGGCUGAUAAUGAAAGGAUCAAACAAAGGGUGAAAUGUGGAGGAAUUUUUGGAGGUUUUGGGAUGAGCUCUUCUUCCUCCUCAUCUUAUUGGCUCUCUGAUGAUUUCAAUGGCAGGAUUUCAAGUGGGCCCACUCACCAUGGUCGUAACAGUAGCAGGAGCUGGGGCUGGGCUUUUGCUAGUCCCAUGAGAGCUUUCAGGCCUUCCAACAAAUCCUACAUCGCUACUUCCGAUCAAGACGCUGGUAAAAGAAGAGAUCAUAUCCAUAACGCCGCUGCCAACAACACUUCCACCACCACCAAUCACAUCGGUGCAUCUCCUUCCUUAUUGGCGGUCAGAAGCUAGCUCUCUCUCUCGUUCGCGUUUUCUUCUUCUUCUUCUUCCUUUCUCUCCAGAUUUGUUUUUUUUUUUUUUUCAAUGAAAUCAUCUUUCCUAUCUUUUUUGGCUUGAUUUUUCUCCUUUUUUUUUUCUUUUUUUCUUUUUUCUUUUUUUUAAUUUGUCACACUGUAUUUCUACUGUAUCUACUUGGAAUUAUGAAGACAUGACAAGUUAAUGAGAUGUGUUUCUAGGCA